AUGUUCUGGCUGUUGCUCUUGGCUCUCUCCUGCCUGGAAAGCUCUGUGUUCAUGGCCUCUGUAUCUGUCUUCAGAAGCAAGCCAGUGGGCAUUGUGGGGGAUCACCGUACCCCUCUGGGGAGGUGGCCAUGGCAGGUCAGCCUGAGAAUCUACAUAAAGGCAAGCUCCUGGGUGCACAUCUGUGGGGGCUCCAUUCAUCCUCAAUGGAUUUUGACUGCUACCCACCACAUCCAAAGCCAGGAUGCCGACCCAGCCUUAUACCGGGUCCAGGUGGGGGAAGUAUUCCUCUACAAGGAACAGGAACUUCUGAAUGUCCGUAGGAUCAUCUUCCGCCCUGACGAGAACCAGUUUAAUGAGAGGUUUGAUGUGGCCCUGGUGCAGUUAACUGCCCUCCUGCUCACAUCCACACAUGUCAGCUCAGUCUCUCUACCAAAAGACAGCUCAACCUUCAACUCGACUGACCAGUGUUCUGGCUGGGGCAACCGUCUCCAAAAUGUGCCUCUGCUGCCUCCCUAUCAACUCUAUGAGGUGAAGAUCCCAAUUCAGGAUAACAAGACCUGUAAGCAGGCCUAUAGGAAGAAAAUACCUGACCAAUGCAAAAAUGAGGUCAUCUUUGAGGAUGUGCUAUGUGUUGGCACCUUAGGCCGAGGCCUCUGUUUUGGUGACUCUGGGGGUCCCUUGGUCUGCUGGAAGAGCAACAAGUGGAUACAGGCGGGUGUGGUCAGCAAGGGGAUAGAUUGCAGCAAUGACUUGCCAUCAGUCUUCUCGAGAGUCCGGAGCUCCUUAACCUGGAUCCCUCAGCACAUCCAGUAG